GAGUAUCUGAUGGCGGAUGAGUUCGCGUCUGAAAUCGCCGACGGCUUAGCGUAUGUGGCCGGUCACGACGAUGAAUCCAGACCUGUAAUGAUUUUCCGGAUGAAGCAGGACUACCGUAAGUCACGUUCUCAGAAACUGUAAGUUUCACUGCGAUCCCAUUUUCCCGCUUGCCAAACAGGAAAUUUCACACUCCAAGAAAUUAAUUACCGAACAAACUUUGGUUUGAUUUUUACUUUUGGGAACUUCGAAGGUUCAUUCGUUUGUUGGUGUUCACAUUGGAGGUGGCCAUUUCAACGAUGAACAGAAACGUAAAUCAAUUCGUCAUCUUGUUCGAUGCAAGUUUUUACAGGUCAGCAUCAGGUUUUAUGAACGUAUUGGUGGGGGCACUGAAAAUUGUGGGAGACUAUUAUCCUGGUCGGCUACACAAGGCCUUCGUAAUAGAUCCCCCUUCACUGUUUUCUUGUCUGUGGAAGGGUGUUCGACCGUUCAUUGAGCUUUCAACGGUCACGAUGAUGGUAUCGUCGUUGGACUUUGAAGAAACACUUGACAUAAACGACAUCGUAUCAUGUCCCCGAGCGUCAUCUCUGCGAUUUAGUCCGUCGGUAGCUAAGUCAACGGCUAGGGUUGGCUCGUGCUCAUCCUCACGAUUUGCCUUUACAGUGUCCCAUAAUUCGCUCCAGCCUUGGUACCUCAGCCUAUCUGACACGUCAGCCUCCAAGGUGGGACCCACAGGCCCCUCACCUAGGCAUGUGGGCCCCUCACUCAUCUCCCCGCUCAAUGCUCGAUCCUAUUCAUUCGCAUCGCCUAUUGCUCGUGGCUACCCACGUGGAGAUAUCAACGACGGAGGAUUGAUAAGACGAAACACAUUGUCGUCUACUCCCAUGCCACAACGCGUUACAGAUAGAGAGGCUACCAAGAGGCCCCACUCUUUCUUCCAGUCACCAGCCAUUUUCUUUCGAAGAGAUUGCCAUGUUCGCGGAAACGACAAGUCUCGAGAUGAAUUCUUGCCGUUUUUAAAGUUUUAUAGAAGGCCGUACAAUGAGAUGAUUUACAGGUCAAAGAUGAGGCCCCCACUAGGUGGCCUCAUCUCGAUUGUGUCCCCACAAUUAAGAAGGUGUCAUGUUUCGGUGUCUCGGCGUUUAUGAGUACAAAGAAAUGUAACUAUUUGGUAUCGUAGUAUUAUUACAUUAAUGUAAAAUUAAUCUUUGUAUGCUUGAAAUUUUGACCCACUGAACCCCCGAUUCUUUAAUUAUGACUCGAUGUAAUUUAAUAGUUGAAGUUUUAACUCACGCAUAAGUUACUCCCUAAACUUUCUCCAUAUUGCUAUGACCCUCGACCUCCAAACCUUGUGUCCAUAUUCUCCAUAUUCAAACAAAGGAAUCUGCAAAUGGGGGCAUGAGAGGAAGUGAAGACUAUGUAUGCCGCUGCUUUGGUUGUCUCAGAGCUUUUGACGCCUUCCAAGGCCCUUCUCC